AUGACGGAUAAAGUGUGCCGCAUGGUGGAAAACAUGGUAUACGAGUUUAAUGACCUGAAGAGAAAGGAGUUAUUCACAGACAAGGAAAUCAUAACAAUUGCAAACAAAAGGAGGAACCAUGAGUACACAAUUAACAGCUCAUCGUGCAUACUGCUCAACUUCAUUUUAUACAUCGAAUUCGAAAUGAACUUGGAAAAAAUAAGAGAAAAAAGAAAAUUGAAAAAAAAAAAUGAUAUGCUGAAUGAAAUUAAUGAAUAUAACAGAUUGCUAAAAAGUCAAUACGAGGAAUAUACAAAUUUGAAGGCAAAAAUAGAAAGUGAAAAAUGCCCCAGAAGGAGCAAGUCAUUGAGGAAGUUACUAAAUAAAAAUGAACACAGCAUUAACUCUUGUAAGAGGAACAUUUUAAAAGUGGAAAAUAAAUUACAAAUACUGAUACGAUAUAGCUUAUCAGAUUAUUCACUUGUAAAAAGAAUAAUUAACAUCUUCCAAACGUGCCUGAGGAAACAUCAUAAUAACAUAGAAAUAUGGUUACACUAUUUCAACUUCUGCUACGUAAAGCACAAAAUGCAAAAUUUGGAAAGUGCCAUAUUGAACAGCCUAAAGUAUCAUAUAAAAAAUGAACUCAUAUGGGUCUUCUACCUACACUAUUUCUAUAACAUAAGAAAAAAUAUUCAAUACACGAGGAAGCUAUACAUAAGGGCUAUUUUAUUCAUCCCCAAGAGUUUAUCCCUCAACGUUUUAUACUUCAACAUAGAAUUUGACAUAUUCUACAAACUGCUAACAAAUUUUAAGCAGAAAGUAGACAAUUCUUCUAAUGAGCAUUUUAACCAAUUCGUUGACUUUUGCAAAAGUAGUGCAAAGGAACAAGACACCAAUGAUACUUCAGCUAACGAAACCAAUGAAGACAUACUUAAACGUGAUAUUGAUCAGGGGGAUAACAAAACUGUUAAGGAUGAGGAUAAAUAUGGCUUAGAUGUAAUAAUCUUCCUGGGGAACAAAUAUUUGAAAACUUUUCAAAAUGAGAAGAGCCAUCUUUACAUUUUGAUUUUCCUACUUUUAAAUGUUUACUUAAAAAUGGAAAAAAAAAAAUGGAUAAAGAAUUAUGUUCUUCGAUUCGACAAUUUUAAGGACCUAAUCUUUAACUCCAUCGAUAGGCACAAGAAGGAUCAGCCCUGCUUUUUCUACUACCUCUUUGUGUCCAAAUGUGUUGCAUCAGCACAUUGUGACCUUUCCGAGGACAAAGAUUUCCUGCUUUUAAAAAAUUCGUUUUACCAAAAUCACGGCGAAGAAUUCCAGCUGGAAGAAUACUUCGACGUGGCAGAAGUAACCCAUCUGUUACGUGAACUGAUGGACACCUUCCACAAUGAUCUUAUGAUUUACUUCUUCUGUCUCCUACUUGGGAAUCUAUUCAAGGUGUUCGUAGAGUACACUAACGUAGAGGAUGUCUUCACCAUCGACAUCUGCGCUGGAGCACAAUUGCCACUGUUAACACACCCUGAAAGUUCCCUCCAUCAGGAUUCCAAAACGGAGGGAAACCAGGCCAAUACGCAACCCAAACUGGACAAACAAGCAGAACAACAAGGCAACAACGACGAUGUGGAGAAAAAAAAAAAUAUCCUCUUCCACAUGAACAAACCAAGCUUGACAAACCAUGAAGAAUUACAGAUUUUCCAAUUUUUAAAGGACGAAAUUUUUCUGUGCGGUUCGUAUAACUUUAAACAAGUUAAUGAAGAAUACCUGAAAGAGAAGGAUAGCAGCACGUACCAUUUUUUGCAGAAGCUGAACUUUGUGGCCUAUGUUUGCCUCUUUGAAAAUAGACACUCAUAUAUAAGUAAGAAUAAUUUCAUUUACAAUUAUGAGCAAACCAACAAAAAUAGCGACAUCCUUUCAUCCAUUUUGUUCUUCUUCCUAUUCGAUGCAAAAAAAGUUGAAGCGGGUGAUAUGGCCAAGAAGAGACACCAUUUGGAGCAACCCGAUCAAGUGAAUGAAGCGGAAGGUGGUCUUAGAAAAAGGCGGAAGAAAGGGUUCGCCCUCCUUGGUGCGGAGCUCCAGCGCCUCGCCCAAACCUCCCGCAAACGGGGACAACCAAAGGAUGUUAACAGUGUUUACGAAAGUGAUAGCGAUAACAUGAGUGGCGAGGAAAGCAGCGAGGAGAGCGGCGAAAUAAGCAGCGAAGUAAUCAGCGAAGGUGGCAGCGGAGGUAACAGCAAAGGUGACAGUCAAAGAGACGCCGACCAUGAUGAGCAGCGCAACCCCGACGAAGGAAAAGGAAGCACUAAUGAAGGGGAUGACCCAAUCGAACUGAGCUCUCAACCCACACGAGAAAACGAAGGAGCCAAACAGAAAAUUUCCAUCAUUGAUGAACUGCUUUCUUUACUGAGCAAAGAAGUGGACGUCUUUGUGAAAGUAACCAUUUUGAACUGUGUCCUAAAAUUAAUUAUAUUUUUAAACAAUAACCAAUUGAAGCGCCAUUUCAGCGCGACCAUCUCGGAGGAGUAUGAAAAGGUAAGGAAAACUCCUCCUCAAAAAAGCUUCCUCAAAGUGGAACUAACCAAUUUGACCCAUUUAUAUAAAAAGGCGUACACCGAUGAGUCCGCCGAGGUGUAA